UGAUAUCUAGUAUCGCUGGCAGUCGUAGAGGUAUAAGCCCAGUCAGCGACAGCGCGACCAGCAGUGCCACCAUCCCUGUCCCGAGGAGCCCAUACCAGAUGGAGCGAGAGAUGGACGUGGGCGUCGUCAGCAAGACCUGGCCCAACGCACGGCGGGGGGAAAAGGCGGCCCUGCUUGCAGAAGCGCCAGGGGUGACCCGGCUGGUCAAUGUGUGGUGCCACAAGGACCCCGCCUGGAGCCUGCAGCUGCUGCAGCGCGCCGCGCCCACCGUGGAGCGGCUACGUGCGGUCUACAUCUGCGAGGACCACCUGCUCGCGGUGCACGACGCCAUGCCGCGGCUGAGGAGGCUGGACGUGUCGGGUAACUUGGACCUCCUGGACGCGCAGCCCCCCGUGCAGGUGUCCGCGCUGCCGCCGGGACACGCCGGCCUGCAGUGGCUCAGCAUGGGGGUCCUCCCCCGCGCCACGACGCUGUCCCUGCUGCAGGCGCACGGCGCCACGCUGGGGGAGCUGGAGCUGUGGGUGGGCACGGCGGGGAGCUGCAAGUUCCCAGGGUGGCCAGACAGCUGCGACGACCUGCACUCGCUGCUGCAGCAGAGCGGCGGGCUGCGGGCGCUCAGGAGGCUCGUGCUGCGGAGGUACACGAGGUGCAGCCACGAGCCAGCCGCCUGCAGACAGCAGCGCGCCGAGGUGCUGGAGGUGCUGCCCGGGGUCGAGGUGCUGUGCAGCGAGUGUGACCACGUGGAGCAGGAAGAGGUCUAGCGUCUAGCGCGAGGCGGCAUGCAUACGACUGGUGUGCGCCGAGGAAACAAUUCUAGGUCUCUGUAGCUUUGCAGUUUCAAUGAUGUGAAGUAUGGAAACGUCUGCAGCAAAUAAUAAAC